AUGUUAUGCAAUGCGGACUUUAACCUAACCUAUCAAGAGAUGGAUAUGCCUUCUAGUCGGGUCAGAGCCGUCUUUGUGGCGUAUUCGUGGAUCAUCAACGUGUUUAACGGGCUUUUAUUUGCAUUCACAGUCUACAUUGUUGUUACUUGGUCGGCGAAGGUCAUGGGAAUGUACAAAUGGUAGGAUAUUUGCAUAAAAUUAUACAUGAGUAUGUAAUGUACGCUCCCUUUAUUGAGAAAAAAGGUUAUUCUAGGUAUAUUGUGAUCUCCAUAUCAAAUAUCGUGUCUUUUUUGACAAUCACUGCCACAUACGAAGUCGAAAUUUUUGUUGCAUAUCCAGCGACCCUCGCCCGAGGGAUUGUCGAUUUUUUGCAAGUAAGUUCGGCCAAUAUACCACUAUUCCCCGUACUUCAGAUACCUGCAUUGGCCCCAUUUUUGCAAAUAGUCGGCUUUUCCUUGUUCGAAAUGCAUGUCAUUAUGACUUUCUGCCGCUUUAUGUUUCGUUAUGCACAAAGUACGGAGAAAGAGCGAAUUACCAAAGUCAUGUCGACUAAAUACUUCUUCGUGGCGCUGUUGAUCACAUACUGCUUUAUAAUCUCCGGUAACUUUUAUUAUGGACAAUGCGCGUUGCAGAAUGGGCGUACACUUCAGAAGAGGAUACCGAGCGAUGAUGAGGAGAUCAAGAAUUAUUUUAUGAGUCAUGUGGUCACAAAUUUUAGGGUAGGAUACAUCUUAUACAAAGAUUGAAAAAAUGUUAGUUUUUGGCGCUUAUACAUGUAAUAUACUAAAUAUUUGUUAGGGCUAACAUAAAUAUUGACCUGCCGUAUUGAAACUUCGGUCAUAUUAAAACUUGCAAAGCACAACAUUUCAGGGAGAUGCCAUGACUCCAAUCUUUGAAUUUCUCCUCUUCCCGAUGACCCUCGUCUUUGGAGGUUACUGUACUUUGCAAUGCGUCCUCUUCCAAAGCAAUCCCAAGAACAAAUUUAGCCUUCGUACCAAGCAAAUGUAUCGUCUUUUAAUCUACGGUCUUCUCAUCGAACAAGUCGCUGAACUUGGCUGGUUUAUGUUACCGUACCUUGGUGCUGCCAUGUUUCUGCCGGACAGUAAAAAAGCGUAUGGAAUCUACCUUGUGUACCGUGUUUAUUAUACAUAUCCGACGUUUGUAAUGGUGUUUACAUUGACGUUUUAUAAGAGAUAUCGGAUGGGUGUGAGGCAGAUCUCCAUGGCCGUGAAUCGAGCGAUCAUUGGCAAUUCGACGGUCCAUCCCUCGAUGUAUGUAUCUCAGAUUUCACCAGACGGAACUAACUGA